GUCCGUGUAAUAAUGGGCGAGUCGAUUGAGAUCGGUGAGGUGCGUGGUGUGUGAACCGCUCGAGACAAGUCUUUUUGGGUUGACCGCGUACCCAGUGAGCGUAAUUUUCACUGGUACGCGAUCAUUAACGUACGGGAUAAGUAUGUGUGGUGUGUGCAACCGCUCGAGACAAGAUCUUUUUGGGUUGACCACGUACAGUGAAAAUCAUGCUCACUGGUGCGCGGUCAUUAACGUGCGGUGAGGUUAAUUGUUUAGUGUAUGCAACCGCUCGAGACCAUCUACCUGUGUUACUGCAACACGGUCUUUUAUGCAGCUCUGUUGACUGGAUUAUUCCUGGGAAGAACAAAUUACUUGGUAUCAUUAAUUAAAUUGAGGAAUUGUCGAUUGUCUUUUUGGGUUGACCAGUGUGGCGUACCAGUGAGAAUUACGCUCACAGCUAUUACGCUGUCAUGAUAAAAAUCUGGACAGGAUUUAAGAAAAGAAGGUCCUUCUUAGUGACAUAAUAGUCGAUUUGUAUUCAUCCAAUAAGCUCACAAGACGCAUUGGCAGGUGCCAAGCAGAUUCACAUAUUUGAUAGGAUAGCUGAUGAAACCAUCUCCUGGAUACAGGAGAAGGAAGCGGCUCACAGCUCGGACGACUACGGCCAAGAUUUAGAAGCGAGUCAAGCACUGGUAAGGAAGCAUCAAGGAUUCGAAACUGAUUUGGCAGCUGUGAAGGAACAAGUGGAGAGCGGUUAUUAGACAAUUCUCAUCGUGCGCCACAUGACGAACUUAACGACUCAGUCGACAAACAUGAGUCUGCGAAUAUGUUAUCUCCGCUGAAAGGUGCUACUGCUUCGGAAACAAUAGAACCUGCGACAUCUCAGAAGCCAUUUGGUUUAACACACAUGUUAGGCGAAAGAUUAAGACGAGGUACGAAAUAUUUAUGCAAGGAUAUCAAUAACUGGGGUGAUAAAUUUGAAGCUUUAUAUACAAAAUAUGAAAAAGGACAUGUUCUCGAAGACAAGUUAAAGUCAGGAAGUUGAUAAGGUUCCUCAUCAUUCAAGUACAAUUUGAAAUAGGAGUAUCACAUAUAGUUUUUAAAAAUCAUUGUAAUCGCAAAUUGAAUCAUCAGGAUCUGGGUACAAUUGAAUGCAGCAGUUUCUCUACUGAAGUAGUUCAAUAUUUAAGUUUCAAUAAAUGCCAUGUGUAACAUAGCUUCAAUCACUGUCAACAUGUUUGUGAAUUCUACUAAGAGAACUUUCGAUUUUUAUGAACUUAAGGAAGUGGCGAAAUUUGUCACCUACAAUUUGGAUAAGAUUGACGAUAAUUUUUAUCCUCUGCCAGAGGUGAAAUUAUCAUGUGAUACACACAGAUCUAUCGGUAUUAGUGUACAAGGAUUAGCAGAUGCGUUGAUUUUGAUGAGAUACCUAUUUCAAAGUAACAAAGCUAAGGAACUCAAGGUCCAAAUUUUUGAGAUUCUUUAUUAUGGCGCUCUAGAAGCAAGUUACAAAACAGUUACUGAGAAAGGUCCUUACGAGUCAGAUGAAGGCAAUCCAGUCAAUAAAAUUGUGUUUUUUAAGAUAUAAUUCAAUAUGAACAAACGACCUAGGAGAGAGUACAUAAAAAAACCUUCACGUUAUGAAACAACUGCAUCUUCUGACGAUGAAGAAGCAAUUAGACAUCAAAAGAAAACAGAAAAAAUAUCUAUUAUUGAUGAUAUUAACGAUAUUCGAGAUCAUAUAUCAGAAUAUGACACUCAAAAAUUGCAUGAAAAGGAAUCAAAUAAUAGCAACUCUGAAGUUAUUCAAGCAACAUCUGUAACAUUGUGUCCAACUGUUACAACUCAUUUAUCUUAUACGGAUUCUACAAUACCUCUGACAUCAUCAGUAAUAAUGCCAUCA